UCUCGCGCCGCUGCUUCCUGCUCGGUGGGGCCGUCGCCAUCAUCAUGCACCCCGUCUUCCAGAGCAGCCGUCGCGACUUCACCUUCGGGCCGUGGAAGCUGAGCGCCGCCCGCACGCACAUCAUGAAGUCGGCGCAGGCCGAGAGGUUGGCUGACGAAUUGCACAUGCCUUCCCUGCCAGAAAUGAUGUUUGGAGACAAUAUUCUAAGAAUACAACAUGACCGUGGUUUUGGAAUUGAGUUCAAUGCAACAGAUGCUUUAAAAUGUGUCAAUAAUUGCCAAGGUAUGAUCAAAGUGGCUUGUGCAGAGGAGUGGCAAGAGAGCAGGAGUGAACCUGAGCACACUAAGGAAGUUGUCAAACCAUAUGAUUGGACUUACACAACGGACUACAAAGGAACAUUGUUGGGAGACACUGUAACAUUAAAGGUUGUACCUACAAAGGAACAUAUAAACACAGAGAAAUUGAAAGCCAGGGAGCAAAUUAUGUUYUUUGAGGAAGUCCUUCUGUUUGAAGAUGAACUUCAUGAUCAUGGAGUAUCUAGUUUGAGUGUUAAAAUAAGAGUUAUGCCUUCCAGCUUUUUUGUGUUAUUGAGAUUUUUCUUGCGAGUUGAUGGUGUGCUCAUCAGGAUGAAUGAUACAAGACUUCACCAUGAGGCUGACAAGGCCUACAUGUUACGAGAAUAUACAUCCAGAGAAAGCAAAAUAUCAAGUUUAAAGCAUGUUCCACCUUCUCUGUUCACGGAACCUAAUGAGAUCUCUCAGUAUCUGCCCAUAAAGGAGACCAUUUGYGAAAAGCUAGAAUUCCCGGAGAAGUUGGAGCCUGAACCACAAGCAUCACUGGAAAGCACAUGUUUGGAAUCUAAAUAAAUGAGACUUUAUAUGGACUUGAAGUAGACUGAAGAUCAUGUACCCAUUACUGUUGUGGGAGAGUGGUUUCACUAUUUGUGGAAUAAAGAAUUCGGCUAAUUUUUKUGUAGCCCUAAAUGAAAACAGAGCUUAUUUCAAGAAGGUUUUGAUUUUGUUGUUGUUAUAUCUUCUUUUAUUUCAAAUCUGUAUCUGGAGGUAAUGAUAGACUGGUGGUGAAUUGCAGUCCUAAAUGUCAGUGGAGAAAGUGUCUUAGGAUGAAGCAUGUCGGUUCUGUUUAGCUCAGGGCUUGGUAGGGUUAUUGCAUGGGUCUCCACCACAAGCACUCCCCAAAAGUUUUUUGUUGCUCCUUCUACAGUUCACAAAACUGUAGGGAAGUCUGUAGUUUAAAAAAAACCUUCCUUCUGCAUAUAUUUUGGGCUUUUAGUCCUAAACUGUGAAUUUUGCUUCCUCCGUUCUGCAGACCGAUAACCRAUUGGAAACUCUGAUCUGGCCUUCUUUCUUAGGAAUAUUAGUUUUACCACAGAAUAGCUGUAAGAUACAAAAAAAAAAGUUACAUUUGUUUGACUCUGUAUAAAGAUAAAAAUCCUUUAUUUGCAAGCCUUCAACUCCAGAGCAGUCAGAAACGUGCUGUGCAUCAGCCCUAUUUCUCUAGGCAGCUUUGGAAACCUUCACUGGGAAUAGGUGAGCUGCCAAGGUCGUGUGCUGUCUUGGAAAUGCCUUGUCUCUAUUGACCUCUUGGGCAUAUCAGCUAGUGGCCCUGUGUGAUGGGUUUGUGGCCCUCAUGCUCAUAUUAUUAAAUUGCAGUAUGGCUUACGGCUGGCAAAGUAAGGAGAGUUUUUAGUCUCUUAUCCCUUAAGGAUGCUGGUAUUUGUAUUUUGAGAGACAUGAGUUUAUGUAGCUUGAAGGAAAUGCUAUCAUGUAUUUUGGUUAUGUAAUUUUGAAUCAUCUUUUUAAGUUCUUUAAGUUUAGAUUUUAAUAGAAACAUGUGCAUGUGCCCAUUCAGUUUUAACUCAACAUUUUGUGGAUURAAUAUUUUCACACUUAAAUGUCUUUUGGAAGCUCUAAUUUAUGUUAAUGGUUUACCCUAAGAAUGAGGGAGCUAAACAGCCUCAUCGAGGUUUACUACUCUGAAUACAAAGUGCAAGAAGCAAAAGUGAAAACAGGCCUUGUACAAAACUUAAAAUACUUAAGAAAAUGUCAAAGUGGCAAAUUACAAUGUAAACAUUUUGAUCUUCUAGAGGGUUUUUUCUUAAAAUUCUAAAUAUUCUACCUUGCAUAAUCACUCUACCCCACCAAGCAUACUUCAGCCUAUAACCAGUUCUUUGGAGGGGCUUCACUCAAGCCCCUAAAUUUUUAAAGAAGAUGUACUGCCAGCUAAGCUAGCGGUUUUAAUAAAAACAAACUUGCCUUGUUUCACCUUUUUCUUGCUCUAUACCUGCCCUGUUCUCUCUGAGGCACUAAGGUCUAAUGACAUGAUCGUAUGAUUGGAAARCAGGAACUAACUGCAGUUCUUAUCACUGAUUUAUCCUGUAACCAUAAUGAAGUCAUGUCACUUUUGUGCCUCAGUUCUUUGUAAAAAAUAGGAAUAAUACAUGCCUAGCUUACUUAGAUUUGUGAGGAGUGGUUUGUAAAAAUGACCUCUUUUUUCCCUGGCUAUACCUUCAGCCUUACCUUUGAAGGGGUUACUGUCCCUCUCUCCUCUUUUAAAAAAAAAAAAAAAAAAAAAAAAAAGUAUAUUUUAUUGUGGAAGUAGCACGUUUUAGUUGAAGGUGUGUUUUGCCUGUGGAAGUAAAUCAUGGCGCUGUUUAAUUCUAGGGAUGUAUUAUUUUGCAUACCUUAGAGGCUUAAAAUACACAUUUUGAAGUAAAGCAAGUAGUGACUAGGAGGGCAAAGUGCUGGCGAGAAGGAAAUUAUAUCUGCAUUUCUUAAAAGUAUUUCAGGUUUGGUGAGUGAUGUUGACAUUAAACAUGAUGGGGCCGUGGUGGGAGGAAACUCACAGCACAGACAAGACACGUAGUGCCGAGAAGGGUGCUGUGCAUGUGUAGCUUAUAUUGUGUUUUUUAUGCUGYCCAUCACACUUACAGAUUUGUGACCUGCUGAUACGUUGUCUUGAUGGGACUUAAAUCUCUGAAUGUGUGGAUAAG